AUGUCCCGGCUGCUGCCGCUGCUGAGGCGCCGGCCCGCGCGCAGCCUGAGGCCCGGCCCGGCCGCCGGCGCCCUCGCGCCCCGCCCUCCGCCCUGCGGCGCUGCCCGGCGGCUGGGCACGCACCCCAAGAAGGAGCCGGUGGAGGCGCUGAACACGGCGCAGGGCGCGCGCGACUUCAUCUACAGCCUGCACUCCACCGAGCGCAGCUGCCUGCUCAGGGAGCUGCAUCGCUUCGAGUCCAUCGCCAUCGCCCAAGAAAAAUUGGAAGCUCAACCACCUACCCCAGGACAGCUGAGAUAUGUAUUCUUCCACAAUGCAAUACCUUUCGUAGGGUUUGGCUUUUUGGAUAAUGCAAUUAUGAUUGUUGCAGGAACCCAGAUUGAGUUGUCUAUUGGAAUUAUUUUGGGAAUUUCAACGAUGGCAGCUGCUGCUUUGGGAAAUCUUGUGUCAGAUUUAGCUGGACUUGGACUUGCAGGCUAUGUUGAAGCUUUGGCUUCCAGGUUAGGCUUAUCAAUUCCUGAUCUUACACCAAAGCAAGUUGACAUGUGGCAGACACGUGUUAGUACGCAUUUGGGCAAAGCUGUUGGAGUGACUAUUGGUUGCAUUCUAGGAAUGUUCCCUUUGAUGUUCUUUGGAGGAGGUGAAGAAGAUGAAAAACUGGAAGAGAAAAAUUAGUCCUCUUAGAAUACCUAUAAAAAGAUGUAAACUAAUGUACCUCCGUUAUUAAACAUGCUGUCACAACAUUUAAGAAUUAAGACAGAAACCUUGUAUAGAUAUGGGAUCAAAUAAUUCAGCAUGUAUUAUGGAAAACACUAACUUACUGUGGCUUGGUCUUCUUAGGACAUCUUUUUUAAAAAAACUAUUUAGUAUUGUUUUGUGUAAACUGUUGAAAUGCUUUUUCAUCGAUGGCAGUCCACAUUUUAUCUUUUCCUUCUCUUUCUUUAUACAGCAAAAUACUAUUUAAAUUUCGGUCGUUGAUGUACUGUACUGACUUGGGGUUUGCUUGUUGUUACUUAACAUGUGUACAUGCAUGAAACCAUUUGUGUUGUUAUUCCCUGAUAGCUACAAUUCAAACUUAAGAUUUUCCCAAAUUUCUUUUUUUUUUUUGGUACCGGGGAUUGAACUUGGGUCCUUGCGCUUGUGCAGCAGGAGGCAAAACCACUGAGCUAAAUCCCCGGCCCUUUCCCAAAUUUCUUAAGGUUAAUAUCAGUCAGAGAUUUUUUUACUCUCUUUUCGGCAGCAUCAAUUUUGUACUGUUUCACAGUAAACAUUUACAAUCAUGUAAUUUCAGUAAUUUUCUUAUCUCUCAUCUGUUCAAAACAAAUUCAGAUGUUAAGUAUAUAUUACUCAUUUUGAUUUUCUGACCAUACUGUCGUAAGAGCCAGAGGUUAACCAGAAAGACCAAUUACAUAGUCUCCUUCUUACAUACAACCACAUAUGUAUGCUAACAAGUGUACUUAUUUCCAGUUGAUGUUUUAUCUUUAAUUUCCCCCAAACGAAUAAUGACAUGGUGGAUUUUGACUCCUGAAAGAUAGAAAAUGGUUAUUUAAUAGUCUUUUAAAAUAAAGAUUAUAGAAUUAGGGGGAUCUAAGGAAUUGGACAUAAUACUUGCAAUCUAAGAGGCUAAACUUUUUUUAAACUUUUUUUUGGGUACCGGGGAUCGAACUUGGGACCUUGCGCUCACGAGGCAGGUGCCAGAACCACUGAGCUAAAUCCCCGGCCCAUUUUUUUUUAAACUUUUUUUUUAAACUUUUUUUAGAGAGGUAGAAUUGGAAACUGUCAAGAAGGCUUAUGGUAUAGGUAGUAAAGUUGAAGUGGUGUUUGGAAGGUAAAUGAGAUACAAAUUAUCUUCCAUCUGAAUAGAAUGAAUCUGAAUACUCCACACUUAUCUAAUGUUUAAUGAAUUUCAUUUCUGGAUAAUUUCUUUUGAAGUGAAAAUUAAAUAUCUUGUAUUUUGCUUUUCUGCUAUAAAAUUUAGUCAAAAGUUACUUGAGAACUAUUUUCUCCCAUUUUUGGCCUUUUUCUUUUGUGCAAGUGCUUAAGGCAUAUGCUUGGUUAAAGUUGCUCAUUUCCAGUCUGUGUAUGUAAUCAUAUAUGACUCAUAGAUUUUAAAUCUUUUAAGUUUUUUAGCAUUUUAUCUAUACACAUGCUAAAAAAUUACUUCUGUUUUUAACAGAGUAGACAUAUCAUGGAAAAGAGAAAUUAAAAGUUACUAUUUUGGUUAUUGAAAUUGUGUUGCUAAGU